AUGAAUCAUGAGUUUCUGCAAACAUUCUGAUGGAAUGACUGGGUGAUAGAAAAGCAUAAGAAUUCAUCAACAUGAGUCUUGAGUGCACCAAGUGGGAGAUGGCAGUGUGUGAGGUUACUGUUAUUCACUCAUGGUCUUCUCCAUGCUCCCUUAGUACUUCUCUCAUGUACUCUUUUGCUCAGAGGGAUGAUGUGGAAGUGCUUGAUGAGCCUCUCUAUGCUAAUUUCCUUCGCGUAUCAGGUCUUCAUAAACCCUAUAGGGACCAACUACUCUCCAAAAUGGAAUCCGAUGGAAAUAAGGUUGUUAAGGACAUCAUUUCUCGUCCGGGAAGCAAGAAGUAUAGAUUCUGUAAGCAUAUGUCGAAACAAAAGGUUCUAGGUUUGACUGAAGAUCUAAUGAAGAAUGGAAAGCACUUCAUUCUCAUAAGAAAUCCUCUUGACAUACUGUCAUCAUUUGACAAUGAUGCCCUUCCAACUUUUUCUGAGUUGGGUUUCGUGGAGCUAGUUUGUAUAUACAGUGAACUUUAUGAGCUUGGAAAACCGCCGGUGGUUAUUGAUGCUGCAGAACUUCAACAAGAUCCUGAGGAUACUUUACGAGGUCUUUGUAAUGACUUGGAGAUUCCUUAUCAACCUGCUAUGCUCAAAUGGGAAGCAGGUCCAAAAUCAAUAGACGGCUUGUGGGCUCCUUGGCGGUACAAAACAGUACAUAAGUCUACUGGUUUUAAGCAAGAAAGGAAGGAUCUUCAGCCAUUUCCCUUCUCUCUAUAUGCUUUGCUAGAGCAAAGUCUACCCCUUUACAAUUUGCUUCGGCGCCAUGUGAAAAAGAAGAGAUCUCUUCUGAGCCCUCCUUUACCUCUUCCCGACCUUCCAGUUCCCGCAAAUGAGAAAUUGCUUGCAUGGGUUGGUGAUGAGAUUGUGACACGUGAGAGUGCAAAGGUUUCUGUUUUUGAUUCGGUUGUCCAAGGAGGUGACUCAGUUUGGGAGGGUCUCCGUGUGUAUAAUGGAAAGAUAUUUAAGCUUGAGGGACACCUAGACAGGAUGUUUGAUUCAGCAAAAGCUUUAGCUUUUGAGAAUGUUCCAACACGAGAUGAGAUCAAGGAAGCUAUUUUCCAAACACUUGUAAGGAAUGGAAUGUUUGACAAUUCCCACAUCCGGCUUUCUCUGACACGGGGAAAGAAGGUUACUUCUGGCAUGAGUCCAGCAUUCAAUCUGUAUGGAUGCACAUUAAUUGUUCUAGCUGAGUGGAAGCCCCCAGUUUAUGAUAAUACACAUGGUAUAGUUCUUGUGACUGCUUCAACACGCCGUAAUUCACCAAAUACUCUGGAUUCAAAAAUUCAUCACAAUAACCUCCUUAAUAAUAUACUUGCAAAGAUUGAAGGCAAUAAUGCAAAAGCAGAUGAUGCAAUCAUGCUUGACAAAGAUGGUUAUCUGUCUGAAACCAAUGCAACAAACAUUUUCAUAGUUAAAAAGGGUCGUGUCCUAACACCUCAUGCUGAUUACUGUCUUCCAGGCAUUACUCGAGCUACUGUAAUGAAUCUUGUGGUGGAGCAGCAGUUGAUCUUAGAGGAGCGGAGAAUCAGCCUAUCAGAAGUGCAUACUGCAGAUGAGAUAUGGACUACAGGAACAAUGGGAGAACUAAGCCCAGUAGUGAAGGUUGAUGCACGCAUCAUUGGUAAUGGAGAAGUAGGACCAGUCACUAAGAGAUUACAAGCUGCCUACAAAAAAUUGACUCAAGACUCUGGUGUGCCUAUACAAAACUGCCACAAGAAAUGAAAAGUGAGUGAAUGUUGCAGGUGGAAUAAGCCCAACACGUAGCUAUAAUUAUAGAUUUCACCUUUAAGGAUGGGUCAGUUUCAACCAAUAGCCUUAUAACCUCAGCAACCAUGUCUGAGUCCAACUUGAAAUGAUCCUGUGAGAUCGUUUCUUGGUGCACGUGUGUCUACCGUUGUAUUUCCAUAUCUCUCAACAACCUUUCUUCCGUAGAUUGCUGCGACGACCUUCUAGAAUUGUAUUUCAUUUUGAUCUUGAACUCUCCAUCCUUAGGAUCAACAACACUUAUAGAAAAAACAAAUUCUCACUCAUCAAUCCAUCCAAAAUAUAAAUUAAAGAAAACAUAUUGCUUACUCUUUAUCUACCUAUGUUUGCAUAUCCAAAAAAUUCCGGUGCAUGCAUGAUAUCAAGAUCUAAGCUACCUAUGGGUGGAAGCAUUACAUUUUUCACGAUGACUUUUACUCCCCAUUACCAUCCUCGUACUUGUCACUGGCUUUGUAGGUAGCUUCAAAGUCAUCAUCGCUAUCACUGUUCAUUCCUUCAUAUAUUUCAGCUCUAUCAUUUUUCAUGUUUGAGUGAUGUUGAAACCCAUCAGCAGCUAUAUGUUCAAACUCAAUAUACAACUCAAUCUUUAGUUGUUGCACCUGAGUUUGCUGGUGAAUAUAAAAUGUACGGUGCAAACUUGCUUCAUCAAUGAUCGGCAUGAUAUCAAAUUGUAUUAGCCCACUAAAUACGAUAAUGUGAUUCCUAUACAGAAUACUGUUCACCUUCUUUAAGAUAUCACUCUCUAUACUUUGACAUAGAUUGUACUAUAGCUCUGCGAAUGUCAUACUGCAUGGAACCAUAAACGAAAUUGGAUUUUCAUCCGCAAAACUCACCCACUCAUGUAUUUUGAAUAAUCCCAUAGUUGUGAUAUGCCAUCAUAUUUGUGGUAUCCUCCAUGACACCACUAACACACUAAAACAAUUCUCCUUACAAUGAAGUAAAUGGUAAUGCGCUUUGCUUUUAUAGGCAGAACGCUCAACAUGCCUCUGCGUGUUGGCUAAGAUUUCGCCACAUGACCAACACGCCCUUUGCAUGUUGGCUUGGAUAUUAACACGUCGCCAACACGUCCCCCUGCGUGUUGGCUUAGAUCUAGACAUGUGGCCAACACGUGUCUCGCGUGCUGACUCAGCGCGCCUCCUAGUUCAGUCUAUGUUUAACUACAUCACCAGUUAUCGAAAGAUUUGGUUAGCAAAGUAGAAGUCGAUCAAAAAAGUUUUCGAUGGUUGGAAGAAUCUUACUAAGCUUUGUCAUUGUGGUGCACCGUAAUGGUUUAUAAGAUCUUGACUUAGUUGUUUAAAUUGAAACACAACCCAAGUAUAAUGAGAGUGAAGAGGUACACGGUGUUGGGAUACUCCACUGGAUAUUCUGGAGUUUCAAUCCAAAUAUUAGAGCAUUCUGGCAUUGUGAGCAUUUGGUUCAAGUUGUCGACACAUACUUUUAUGAAAAAUACAAAGAUGUCUUUCUGGUUGCAGUUGCACGAGAUAAGAACCCAAACAUUGUGCCUAUUGCUUUUGCCCUCGUAAAGGGGGAGACUACUGAUUCAUGGUACUUUUUUCUCAGUAAUUUACGAAGGCAUGUUGUUAGGAAAGACGACGUGGGGAUAAUCUUUGAUUGACAUGAGUCAAUACAAGCAACAAUAAAUCGUAACAAUGGUGAUUGGCAACAUCCAAGAGCAUGGUGGAUGUAUUGCAGUAGGCACAUCAAUAGCAACUUCUCAAAGGUGUUCAAGGCUCCGUACUUGCAUAUGCUUGUUGUCAAUAGAGAUAUUUGACGUUACUGUUAUUUCCACUUAUGAUGUGUUGGUAGUGCCUAAUACGACCAUGUACGAUGUGAUUUGCAAGCUAUUCAAGGACAUCGGAGGAGUGCAACAACAAGUACAAGAAGUCGCAAGAGUGAGGUCAACAUAUGCCUGGCGGUGCGACAACAUUGAAUUUCUCUAGUGGGUAUUGGCAUUUGACGAGGGACAUCGAUGGAGAUCACAUGACAAACCUAGUCGACUGCAUUAAUUUAGUGUUGAAGGGUGUCCGAAAUCUUUAUGUGUUGGCUUCCACAAACAUAUUAUAGGUUGAAUGGACUAUUUAAGCAGAAGAGUGGUGAGACUCAUGAGUGCAAGCAUGCCAGAUUUACUUACUCUGAAUUUGCCACUCAGAAGAUAGAAGCAAAUAUGCAAUGUGAAGGAAAUAUAAUUGUGCACUAGUUUGAUAGAAGAAAUGAGGUGUUUAAGGUGCGCAAAAUGGCUAGUGAAAAAGUGUUAGUAGUUGAUCUUGCGCGGCGGGUGUGACUGAGGCCACUUUCAAGUGGAGCGACUACCUUGUCGUUCUGUUAUUGCUUGUUGUGCUAACUAGUACCUUGUUGGUAGGUGUAUGUCAACUAGGGGGGUGUUCAAAACCGAUCCAGACCGAACAAAACAAAAAAAAUCAAGAAUCGACAAAUCGAAAACUGAAAAAAUAAAAAAAUAACGUUUUGCUGUUUUUUUUUUUGCGAUUUGGUUCAGUUUUCGAUUGAGACUGAAAACCCUAACCGAAUCGAACCGAAUCGGUCACAAAAAAAUUCUAAAAAAUCAACCCCCAAACCCAAUGGGCCAAACAUCAGAUAACCCCUAAUAGCGCCACUCUCAGUGUUUCACAGUCUCUAUCUAAUGAAGGAAGACCAAGCUCCAAGCCCCAGCCGCCAAACCCGUUCCU